AUGGCCACGUCCGGCAACUUCCAUGAGACAUUUGGGCCGAAGAGACCCGCGAGUGGCCUGUUCCAAAAUCCGGUGACCCGGCGAGAUCUCACAACACCGUGCGAGGAUGACAGGACACGCCCAAUGCGAGUUAACGACGCGCCCGAGGGCCUAAUAAUUGUAAAGGCAUCCAAUGGACCGGGAAUUCAUCCCGCAAUCACCAAAAUUCAACGACAGAAGUAG